UCGGAUCGUAAACUUAAUUGGAAGUAAAAGAAAAUGUUUAUAACCGGCUGAAUUUCCUCAGAAUGGGCGCUGCCAUUUUAAUAGAAAGAGCCACCUGGCGGACACCGGCAGCGCUUCCUGUAAUGGCGGGCACCGGCGAAUUCGACUACGAGGUUGACAGCCUCGUGGAGAAGCGAAUUGGAGAAGGUUCCCAGGUUGAAUAUCUAGUACACUGGAAAGGCUUCUCUGCUGACUGGGAUACAUGGGAACCAGCAUGUCACCUUGAAAACUGUAAACAAAAAAUUAUCAAAUUUGAGAAGGAACGGAAGAAAAAAGCUGCAAAUACUCAAAAAAUUGUCAAGAAACUAGUAAAUAAAAGUAAAAUGGCCAGACAAGACCAAAGUCAAGUCACUUCAGUGAAACCAAAUUUCAAACGAAAGAAAAAAGAACCAAAAUCUGAAAAUAUGAGCAAGAAAAAAGAUGAAAAGUCUAACCAGAAUAUGUCAGCUUUGACUUUGGAUGAUGUGUUUGAAACAGUAGUUAAUGGAACUAGUUCUAAACCAUCCUCUAUUAAAAAAAAGAAGUCCCCAAAGGAUAAAUCUACCCCGCAAAAAGGGGACAAAAGUCAGAUUGCUAAGAAAAUCAUUAGUAGUGCUAAGAAAAAGACAAUUGCAUCGACACCCAAACAGAAAAAGAAAUUACUGAAACCAGCGAAAUUAUCGCCCUUUGCUAACAAGACAACUAAACCAAAGAAACUGAAGGAAGUUAACAAAAGGAAAUCAGACAGCGAUGUUUUAGAUUCCAGAAAAAUAGGUUCUGGAAAAAAAGUUAACAAGACAAAAAGUUGGACAGCUGUUGAUGAGGAAAUUUCAUUUUCAAGUGAAGAUGAAAUAAAUGAAAAAUCUUCAUUGAAAUUACAAAAAGACAAAAGUAAACAAAAUAAAAAGGACAAUGAGGUAAAACUAACAAAGAAAGCUGUCAAAAUAAAAGAUGUGAAAGUAAGUACAGGUAGCAAAGUAAAACAUGAGUCAAAUGCUGUUAAGAAAGGUCUGAAAGUCUCAAAAUUUUACAGUCCGAACCUGGGCUCAAAUACUAGCCAUAAAUCUGCAUUUAAACCAUUUAACAAAAAGAGGAAUCAUAUGAAACUAUCAGUUUCUCAUUUGAUAGGUGCAAAAAAGAAAUCAGACGGAGAUAAAUUGGAACUAAAUAAAAGUAUAGGAAACUCUGGGAAGCAAAAAAAGAAACUUAACUCAUUGCAGCAAAGGAAAAGAAAAUUGGACUCUUCUGACAUUAAAAUAGAGACAGACAGUGAUAGUGAUGAGGAGAUACUGUAUUCAUUGUCUGAUACGUCUGACCUAGCUAUAAAUGAUCCAGAUUCUAGUCAAUUUCAAGCUUCUAGGAAACCAGAUGCAGAUUCUGGAAGAUCAAAGUCGGAGAGUAGUGUGGAUAAAAGUAAGAAAAUAUUACAAAAGGGAAAGAAAGUUUCGGUAACAAAAUCCAAGUCAUCCUCGGAGACUACACCAGGAAAGUCCAAGAAAAUUAAACUGCUGGACAGUUUAAAACAAACCACAUCACCUGAGAAACUUGUGAGGCCAGUUUCUCCUACCCCAGUGUACACAACAGUGAAGCACACUACUCCGUCAGGGAGUGUAUUACAAUCUAGUCAGCCGUUGCUUGCUCAGCCACAGUGGGUAUUGGAUGAUGAGAUCACUCCUGGUACAGCACAAUCAGCUAGUUUGCCCAUCAGUCCAGCUUCUAUGUCAUACAAGGUAUUGUUGGAAAAUCUCCCCCAUCAGCUCCACCCAAAGAACAAAAAGAAAACAACAGAUAUAGUGGAGAGUGACAUUGAGCGUCGUGUCAGUGUGCGUGCGAGCGAGUGUGCUUUCAAGUACAAGGAAAUAGUCAUCAAGAAAUGUCACAAAUACACACAAAUAUGGCUCAAUACACACACCAAGAUGAAAAAUGCUCUCAAUCCAUUGGUUAUGCAAGAGAUCUCAUCAGCACUGAAUGCAGCCAAGUAUGAUGACAGUAACCUCGUUAUGUUCAGUGGUUUGUGUAAUGUUUUCUGUUCUGGUGUAGAUCUACACUAUCUUACUGUGGGAGAUAAGAAAGUUGCUGCCAGACAGAUGGCUGAUGCUCUCAGGGAUCUUGUCCGAAAGUUCAUCACAUUUCCUAAACUGAUUGUUGCAGUUGUGACCGGUCCAGCUAUAGGUCUGGGCUCAACCCUGCUACCUCUGUGUGAUAUUGUAUAUGCCAGUGACAAAGCUACCUUUUACAUGCCAUAUGCUCAGUUGUCACAGACACCAGAGGGUUGUGCCUCGUUUACACUACCAAAUAUUGUUGGCAUUGCUAUGGCGAAUGAGUUGUUGGUUGGAGGAAGGAAGAUUACAGCCAUUGAGGCAUGUCAGCUUGGGUUUGUAUCUCAGGUAUACUGGCCAACCAGUAUGAUGCAAGAAGUCAUUCCACGGGUACAGCACAUGGCUCUUGUCUCAGGGAAGGUACUUGAAACAACGAAGCUGUUGAUUCGAAGUCACCAAAGAACAAAACUUGAUCUCACUAAUGAAUCGGAGUGCAAUCUCCUUGUUGAAAGAUGGCCAGCAACUGAAUGCCAAAAGGCAAUAGAAGAAUUCCUCUCGAAUGAGAAAAAUUACAUGUUAUAAUUUUAAGUUUUGUAGUAGUUUAAGCUAGUGCUUUUUAAACCACAAUCUGUGGAUCUUGUAAUGGAAGAAAGAACUUAUUUUUCAGAUUUUUACUUGGUUUUGGCAGAGGUCUAUGGUUAUUUAUUAAGUGUAUACAUGUAAACAUUAAAUAACUGUGUAAUAGUCUGUAACAAGUGCAUGUCUCUAGUUUGAGCCAGGCGGAGGCUUGGUUCCCUAUUUCAGAAUUUAAAAUGUGUUCAUUCUACAAUAGAAUCUGUGUUCAUUCGUCAGACAGCUAGUCAUAAUUUUGUAUACAUAAUGGUUAGGGAGGAAAGGUUUUCUGUUCCUGUUACCUAGGCUAUAGUGUUGUCUCAAAAAGAUGUGGAAACAUUACUGUUACAUUACAUUAAUUUUUUUUUUCUCAUAACAGAAUUCAAUUGUUUAAGAGUCUGUAUAUAUUACACUUCUUUUAGUGUUAUUUCUAGAGCGACGCAGCGGGGCGCCCCGCUCUGCCCUUUUUUAUUGCCGCCACGCUGCCCUUAAAAUGUGCCCUCUUGCCUUUGAUCUUCUGCUAAAUCCCGCCAAUUUCCCUGUUGACAUGCCUCGACGAUUUUUUGAUCAGCAAAUUACGUCACGGCGAGUGCACACAGGUAAUGAGAAUCAGUGUAGUGUUAAAACUAAUUGAUAAAGAGAAUGGAUCCUGUGUAAUGUCAAAAAGGCGUUCGUAAGCGGCCAGCUGAUUACCGAGCACGUGAAAAGUGCCCUAGAUUCCUUUGUGCAAAAUUUAAAUUAGACCGUUGUUUAGUUUAAUAACAAGUAUAUAUCAAUGCAGUUUGAUUGAACUAAAAAAUGCACAAAUUUUAAUGAAUAUCGAAAGUAAAAAUAAAUUUAGAAUGUCCGUUCACGAGUCUUAUUCCUCCUGAUGUCGUAUGCAAUUUUUCUAUAUUUCCUUCAAAAAAGCUGACUGUCGAUGUAUUUUUUAUGAUGAGAAACAUCAAAAUUUGUGGAACUAUCUCUGGAUUACCCUAGUGAUUCAUGUAAACUGAAUAAAAACUACUUUCAGACAACAUUCCGAAAGUGUACCAGUAUCCGGAUAGUAUAUCUUGGAUAUGCGUUUUAGAAAACUUUAACCUGACUGUAAUAGCACUUUAUUGUUAAUGAAAUAUUGAUGAAAGACCUGGUCAACACAAAAUGACUUGAUAAUUAUUAGUUUACAAUGUGGCCUGAAACAGGCAUUUUACUAUGUUGUUUACAACAUGAUCUUGAUUUCAAGAUUAAGCUUAUAUUAAAGCCCUCCACUAUUUCAUAUUCAUAUGAAUAAGUUGACAUUCUAGGUGACAUUUUUAAGAGAAAGGCUUGAAUGGUUUAACCUAAACUACUAAGUAAUUAAAAGGCCUUUGUAAACUAUGUUACUGCCUUUGAAAACGUUUACUACUUUAUUUUGUGACAUUUCUUUUAUGUGUGCAAUAAAGAUAAAUGGAAUACAUAUUAACUAUAGACAUCUAGAAAUGCAACUACUGCUAUGGUAACUUUCACGUCUAAAAGAGCACCCUGCCCUUUUUGAGCUCUAGAAAUAACACUAUCUUUGGUACACUAGGAAGGCAGCAGGAAUGAUAUUGAGGCAGCAGGUAUUGGUAACAGUGUUGUGUAAAAAAGUUCUUAAUCACUUAUGUUAUUAAUGUAAGAAUUUGAUCUCUUUUUUAACAUUCAAUUCAAAACUCCGCUUUGUAGGUUCAGUGAACAAAUGUUGUAAAAAUCUGUUUGUUUUUGUUGAAGUUAGUACUAGGUAGUAUCUUUUUUUAGAAAAAAGACUGAAAUUGUACAUAUUUUAUGUGUAUUUAGUGAAUGUUUGACUGAGAGCGGUCUGUAUACUUUAUUAUAUUGCAUGAUUAUUAAGAUGUUAUUUAAUUGAUUAUUUUUAAAACUUGAUCUUUUUUUUUAUCUGGGCUAUCCUGUAGUUUUCUGUUGUGACUGGGUUUACUGACUUGGCUUGAUAGAAAGUUUCAUUGGAAAUUGUUAGUGGUAUCCAAGAUACUGCUUAAUUUGUAUUGAAGAGAAUUGUAUCACAAAAGGUUUGCAGCAUAAAUCCCUUGACUGUCAUCGCCUGAGUUCAUUAAGAUGAUAAAACAAUAGGAAGUAGGAGUAUAUGCAUACAAGUUGGCUGUUGAUUUCUCAGCUAUUUAAAGAAAACAACAACAGAAAAAAGCCUACCUUUUUUGCUUGCAUAUUGUUGACCACUCUAUGGUUAAAUGACAAUUAACAAAGAGCUUUUUAGUUUUAAAGAAUUUUUACAGCUAGUACAACAAAGUACUUAGUACACUACAUGUUUGGUGAUACAAAUUAAUUUGAAAAAGUUGAGAUUACUAAACUUCUGAUGUCAGUUUCCUAUUCAUAAGCAUUUGUUGAUAUAUACAAAAUUUCUUUGGACGGCUACCAAGUUCGAAAACUUGGGAACCAAUGCUUUUUGCGUAAAAAUAUUUUUUCAUUUAAUCGAGAUAAUUUUGACAUUAGGAGCUUCAAAUUAAUAGUUUCCUUGGGUAAACCUUAUUGCAACAGAUGUAUCUAUCUAACUCAGAUAUCAGUAGUCAUUAGUGAUUUUAUGCUGAUUGAAAUGAAAUUGGAAGAAUUAGUCAUUGUAUAUAUUAUUAUGUAAUAUUUAUUGAAGAAGAAAACAACUUUUUUACAUAAUAUCAGAAUGAGGAGUAAUUUAUUUUAUACAAGUGUCACAAGAUUGACAUAAAAAUUCAUGUUGUUGAUUUACAUUACUUAGUACAAAUUACAUGCAUAGUUGUUUUUAUACGCCCAAAGGGACGUAUUAUGUUAUGACGCCAGUGUCCAUCCAUCUGUCUGUCCAUUUUCGCUUUCCGCUCUGUAACUCUUGAACCCCUUGAAGGAUUUCGAAGAAACUUGACACAAAAAAUCACCACAUCGAGACGACAUGCAGAGCGCAUUUUGGAUGGCUCGCUUCAAGGUCAAGGUCACACUUAGGGGUCAAAGGUUUGUUUCAUGUCCGCCCUUUAACUCUUGAACUGCUUAAGAUUUUAAAGAAACUUGGCACAGAUGUUCACCACAUUGAGAUGUCGUGCAGAGUGCAUGUUUCAAAUGGAUUGCUUCAAAAGCAUAGGUCAUACCUUCGGGCAUAUAUUGCUCCGCAUUGCGGUGCUCUUGUUUUAUAGAGUUAUGUCAACUUAGCCAUUAUUAUUAAGUUACAGUUUGUAAGUUUACCUUGGCCGACUACUUAAAUUUGCCCACUUCCAAAUACUUGCCCUUUACCUCUGUUAGUUUGAGCACUGCAAAGAAACCAUCUAUUGGGUUUGCGGACAAUUUGGUUCUACUGUAGGUGAAAGCCCAUACCUGAAGUAGUCACUGGAGAGGCACCUAAGUCAACAAAAUUAUACCAUAUUUUGACUUUUGAGAGCUGUUUUAAUAGAAUCGAAAUUUAUGAUGUAAGAAUACUUUACGUUAUUGACAGAUACAAAGCUUUUUCCAUCUUAGCAACUGCUAAGGGUCCUUGAGACAUGGAAUAUCAAGGAUGUCUUGGAACCACAGUUUUUCUAUAACAGGAUAUGAGAGAAUUUCCUUGUGUACAUUUUUUGCAGAAGAUAUUUUUUUAUAAAUGCGUAAUAUAUUUUACAAAUUUUAAGGUUGUUCAUUUGCACAAUGUGGAAAAUUUGCUUGGAAAUAAAUUCAAAGACCAGAGUGUGAGGGGAACCAGUUAUGGUCUGCUUUACUUUCAUUAUUUAGUAUUUUGUUAAGGCGUUUUACCUCAUGCUUUCCAGUAGUUUACAACAGAUUUUAUUUUGAUAAAUCUCAGAGAAUAGAUAGUGAAUAACUAUCAACAAUAUUUUUAUUACACAUUUCAUGUAUAUUGAUAAUUGAUGUUCAGUAGGUACAUAUGUAUACAUGAUUUCUUACAGGCACAUGGACAUAUGCAAAAAAACUUUUCAAGUUACAGUAAAAUGUAAAUUUCAUAGUACUAUUUUACUUUUUUCCAACAUAAGUUUUGUGGUGUCAUGACUUUAAUGUGACAUUGUGUAAUUUAAUGUUUUUUUGUGCUCCCCCAUUUAGGGGGAGGGGCCACUUAUGACUUGCCUUUGUCUGUCUCUCAGUUCAUUUAAAAAUUUGUGUUGUGCAUUUUUAAAAAGUAUUUGACCCAUAGUCAUCAAACUUCACAGGAUUGUCAUUCAAAACCAGGUGUUUUAAUUGGCACUGCACACAACCACACAAGUCAAAAAUAUGCUUAAAAAGGGCCUAAAAGUUUGUGUUGCAAGUAUCUCAAAAAGUAUUUUACCUAGGACUUUGAGAUAUUAUAUAAAUAUUAUUCAGCAUGUGUAGUUGUGCCCCUGGGAUUUUGAUUGUGAUUUCACUCAGCAGACAAGAGUUAUGGCCCUUGAAUUAGUCAAAAAUAUGCAUAAAAGGGCAUAAAAGUUUGUUUCGUCUCAACCUCAAAAAGUAUUUGACUUAGAGAUGUAAAACAUUACAAGAUUGUUAUAUAGCAUAUGAAGUUGUGCACCUGGUGUUCUGUUUGGGAUUUCACUCAGCCAGACCAGAGUUAUGGUCUUUGACUUAGUGAAAAAUACACAGUAAUAUGCUUCAAAGUUUCUGUUGAAUAUUUCUUGAGCAAUUAUUGACCUAGAGUCAUGAAACCAUGGACAGUGACAGGAAAGGGGGAUGGCACCUGUGUCCUAUGGACACACAUCUAGUUUUUAUAAAGUUUAGGUUCAAACCAUUGAAAAGAGUUGAAAUUAAAUGAAAAUUUAUUUUUGUUUCACAUUUAAUUAUCUUUAAUACACACCUAUAGCUUUAGUACCACCGUUAGAUAUGAAACCUGCAUUUCAUGAAAACCUUGUUAAGGUACAAUUUCUUCAUCUAUAUUUUGAUACCAAACAGUUCUUGGCAAGUGUUUAUAAUGUGAUUAGGUACUAUGUGACAUUAAAUGAUCUAAACUAC